AUGUUGGCGCACGUGCCCCGCAAGAGGAACCAGCUUCGAUUCCAUAAACUCUUCGACCUUCCGGAGACCGAGGAACUCGACGACGUAAUAUCGUGCGUGGUGGGCCAGCACGUGCCUCCGCGCCUGGGCAACAUCUACGUGACGGCACACCACCUCUGCUUCCACUGCGGCAUCCCCACCGCCAAGUUCAAGUUGGUCUUCUGGUCGUUCAAGAACCGAAAUCGGGCGAUGCGGGUGUUGCUGAACCACUGGAACGGGGCCACCGGGCGGCACUCGUCGUUGCUGGACCUGACGACGCUCAUGCUCAAGGAGGACACUCCCAACGACAACGACUACGACUACGAGGAGUCCGCGUCGACCACCACCGAGGACAAGAGCGCCACGUGGAGCCCCGCCGAAUCGCCCGCCGCCGCCUCCCGGAUCAGGCGAUCGGGCGACCGGCUGCUCCUGCUCGGCGGCCACAGCAGCGACGAGGCCGAGAGCAAGCAGGCCUACGACUCGCAGAAGCGCAACAGGCGCGGCUCCACACGCCGCCGCCGCUACGACGAGCUCCACGAGGCCGACGACGACGACGCCGAGGACGAGCCGGCGGGUGAAGACGAGCCGGCGGCCGACGACGAGGACGAGCCUGUCGCCAACAACAACAACAGUAACGACGCCGACGUCGGCAACGAACUGUUCGAACGCGAGGCCAAGGCCGACGAGGACCGUUUCGCUGUUGCGGCCGGCAGCGACCUCAACAGCACUAUGGCCUUCUUCAGCCUCCUCUCUUCUGGGGUGCCGGAGGCGGAGAAGAACAAGCGGGAGGUGGAGGAAAGGGAGCGGGAGGGCCGCGACUUUUGUGGCAUCCUCAACGUCACCAUCGUGCAGGCCAAGGAGCUGCCUCGCGGCCUCAACGGCAAGCCCUCGCCGUACUGCACGCUCGAGUUGGCGCACGGCAGCGAGUAUCCCGCGUGGUCCACCAGGCCCGCCAUCAAGACUGUCACCCCGACUUGGAAGGAGAAGUUCACCGUGCCUUUCAGGUACUCGGACUUGCAGAGCGAGCUGGUGUUCACAGUCUACGACAGCCGACUCGAGAGGGGGGGCAGCGGCGGUGAACCCGCCAAGCUCGCCGCCGCCAAGGGCCUGCUCAUCGGCAAGGCUAAGAGGUACACCAUCAGGGGCGUGCCCCGGCACGACAAGUGGCUCAACAUCGACCCGUCCAAGUCAGAGGGUUUCCGCCUGGAGAACCUCAAGUACUGCAAGUUGCGCAUCCAGACACAGUUCAUCGGGAGACAAGCGCUGAUCCUGAGCUUCUGGCGAGAGUGCGCCAAGCUCUUCGACGUGGACGGCGAUGGACACAUCAACCGAUUGGAGGUGGUCACCCUCCUUGAUGCCCUCGGCAUGUCCAACCUCACCGACGACGAGAUCGACAAACUGUUCGAGAUGAUCGAUCGCGAUUGCGAUGGCAUUCUGUCGCCCGAGGAAAUCGCCCUCUACAUGGAACAGAAGGACAACAGUCUGGCGGCGGUGACCAGGUGCCCUGCGUGCGGCACAGACCUGUCGGGCCACGGCGACUUCAUUUUCCAUUUGGCGACAUGCUACCAUCGCAACUCCUCGCGCUUCCGCGACUCCAUCAUGGUUGGCAUGCUGUCCCCGUUCGGUGCCAUCAAGGGCAUCACCAACUACAUUCCCUUCUCCGGCGAGAAGAAGACCCUCCUCGUCGUCGAUCGCGACACGGGCCACCUCAUCGAGGAAAAGAUCCCCACCUACAUCAGAACAAGCCUCAAACUCAUGUACAACACCCGCGCGGCCAAAGCCGUGGGAUCGAAGAAAGCGCGCCGCAUUCUUCAGCACAUGACGGUGAGUGGCGGCAAGCGAUCGGAUUCGCCAGCGAGUAGGAAGGAGAUCAGGCCUUUUAUCGAGUUCCACGGCCUCAACCCGGAUGAGUUUUUGGAGGACGUGGAGAGCUUCGAGAAUUUCAAUCAAUUCUUCUACCGAAAGCUCAAACCCUCCGUGCGGCCACUUGCCUAUCCCAACGAUCCGAAAAUUGCGGUGUCGCCUGCGGAUUGCCGUUGUAUAGUAUUCCCCUCCAUCUCCACGGCCACCGAAUUGUGGAUCAAAGGACGAAACUUCAACCUGGAGACUCUCCUGUGCGAUCCCGCGCUGGUGGAGCAGUACAAGGGCUGCUCCGUGGGCAUCUUCCGCCUCGCGCCCCAGGACUACCACCGAUACCACAUCCCCGUCGAUGGCGUGAUGGGACCCUCGGUGACCAUCGAGGGCGCCUACUACACCGUGAAUCCGGUGGCCAUCAACAACUCCAUCAACGUCUACGGCGAGAACAAGCGCGUCCUCACCCAGAUCUUCAGCCCACAAUUCGGUCCGGUGAUGUACGUGACCAUAGGCGCGACGAUCGUGGGCUCCAUCGUGCUGACCACCCGGGAGGGCGACCACGUGAAACGCACUACUUCAACAUCUGCUGCUGCUGCUGCUGCUGCUGCUGCUGAUGGGGUGUCGCGUGUACGAUGUCGGGUCGGGUCGGUGUCGGGUCGGGUCGGUGUGGGCGUGGGCGUGGGCGUGGACGUGGACCUGGACGUGGGCGUGGACGUGGACGUGGACGUGGGGCGGGGGGAGAGCAGGGGCGACGAGCACGGGUACUUUGCGUUUGGUGGGAGCACGAUCGUGCUGCUGUUCGAGAGGGGCCGUAUCAAGUGGGAGGAGGACCUGCUCACGCACAGCGCCAAGCCCGUGGAGACGCUCGUGCGCAUGGGGUCCCCCAUCGGACGCACCCCCGUCUCGCGCGUACCUCCCUCCUCCCCCUACGAGGGACACCACUCCCUCUUCCGCUCCGUGGGCGCCGCCCAGCAGGACGGCGUUUGA